AUGAAAGGCCUAGGUAAGCAACAUUAAGCCUAUGUAUAAGACAGAGCGAGAAAUACUGGCUCACAUCAAACUUCUAUUCAACCGGUGUGAUUGUAUAAAGGAACAUGUUCGUCCCUUUUGCGCUGGAUAUCUUAGGUUACGAGUGGCUGUGAGCAACAAAUAAGUUAAAAAUGACCAUUCUUAUCAGCGAUAGAGACGACGAUGCUGGUUCUAGUAAGCAGAUCAGAAGAAGAUGUGAUCGCUGGAACAAGAAUUUUACUGGCCUGACGUUUCGAAUGCCCUUUCUGACUCGCCAGCAUAGACAGUCGCCGAUAAGGAAAAUGGAGCCACAAGUGGUGCGGUAUUUAUAGGACGCAGUCACCACGCAACCACAUACGCACUAUAAUUACCUACUGCAGUGUGCAUCGCUAGGAGUCGUAUGCGGUGCGAGAGGUGCCAACAGCCAUCAGCCGCCGUCUCACACCGAUGGUAUUUGGAGUCGCGCACAGGCCAGUAGCAAGUAUCAGGCGCCAAAUAGCGAGGCCGAACUACCCACCGUCAUAUCAGGGUACGUCUGGAGUAGUUUACAGAAUUUGGUUCAGCUGUGGGCAAAGCGACUGUGUCAUGGAAACUGGGAGACCACUCCGGAGGCGGACGACUGAACAUGCAAGAACGGAGAGGGAGGAAUAGCGUCAAUUGUUAGGUCGCGGUUCAUUCGACGGGAUUCGGCCACAGAUUCAAGUUGGACGAGACCGAAAUUUCCGUGAGAGGUGACAAGUAAAUGAGCCAUGAGUUACUUGAGCCUUGGUUCUCCUAUCAGCAGUCUAGUAACAAACACAAGGACAUUCCAAGCUAUUUUAAGUGCUGACAGUUUGCCUGGUUAGAGCAAUUAGCCAUGAGGAGGUUGCACGGGAGACCAACAAUUCCAGUGACGGCGAGCCAGAGUAGUGAGUCGUUAUCACGUCCAGAAUCUACAACGCCGAUGAGGACGUGACCAUUAACGACUGGGGUGGUGACUAAAAGGCUAUUAUCACACCAACUACAGCCCCCACUGAUGUACAAGAGAGUAGCUAACUGCAGUAAGCAGGUGGUUGCAUGCAGCUGUGUUCAAUAAAUACUGCACUCCCUGUGCCGCCUCCACCACCUUUAUCUGCAAUGAUGUAUCAAAGUGGGAAUAUAAGGCGUCAGGCCGAUAGACGUUUUGCUAAACAAUCGUUUUUUCUGAUUUCUUAUUUCCCUUGUUUAGUCACUAUUCCCUCUGAUAGUGCAUCAGAUGCUAAGGGUGAGACCGAAUGAGCUAAAUUGACGAACGGCGGCCCGCGUGGGAACAGCGAAAACCACCUGCCAGACAAUUUUGUUUCCUUUCUCUUUUGUCAAAGAUGCUGAGCUCAGAGCCAAGCAGUUUAGAAGUGAUGGUUACGAGUUGCCUUAAUAUAUUUGACGGGUAGCUGACGACGGCUGGUACACCAGAAACGACCGCUGCAGUCACCCCGAUUUUUUUCAAUACUUCUAUUAAUGCAAUUGAUGUUGUCGGGGAGGGGUGUCGGCAGUCCUAUUGUCCAGUGUGUAGAAUUAAUAUUUAGAGGUUUGCAUGUAUACGACGAACACCACACUUGUAAGUCAAUUUCUAUAGCUGCAAUUUUGCGUCAAAUAGGUUGACUUUAUAAAGAGACGAGUGAAAAACAAUUUUGUUGGAGUUAACUUAUUCUCCUCCAAACAGGCACAGACGAGCAGGCGAUCAUUGAUAUUCUGGCCCACCGCAGUGUCAGUCAGAGAAAGGAUAUCGCAAAAGCCUUCAAGUCUUCGUACGGAGAGGUAAGCGAAAAACCCCAAUUUUGUUUUUCUGUCAUUCAUGUCAGCGAACACGAUAUUUUUGGAAAAGUGGCCCAAAUUGCUUUAUCCGGCCAACCUCGGGCUGUCUUACCUGGUACUGCGCGCACAUAAAAUGCCCAGUUAAUUCUCAACUGUCAUGCGGACUGAUUGGUUGCAAUUAUUAGUUCAUAGAGCGCACGCCUGUUUCCACCUAAGUGACAGAGGUAUGUGGGAUCAGGUUUGUUGGAACCGGGGACAUCAGGGCAGUUUUACGGGUAUAUCAUUGAUUUGGCGCUACAUACACACAUACGGGAAAGACCACUGCGCCACAGAUGCAGACAAAAGCUAACGCUAUGACGUUAGUGAAUGAAAAAUUGCCUGACUAAAAAUCGCAACCGGUCGUCUAACGAUCCUGCUUCUAUAUCACCGAGACACCGAGUCUUACGAUUAUCGAAGUAGGCCAUAAAUGUACCAAAUCUUCCGGGAGCUCGGACUGUACCACAAUGAGGCAAAUAUUUAAAAAUUUCCAGAUUCUUUUCCCCGUCCUAUACUCUCGUUUGUAGACGAUCACUGGUCUGACCGUAAUUCCUUCCGUGGUAAAAAUGCGUUUGUCUCCCAGUCUGUGGCUUAUUUUGGGAUAAAGUGUUCAACGAUUAGGAUCAUGUAAUUAUUUACCGCACUAACAACACAGGUAUUAUCUAAAAGCCCAGGCACAUGUGGUUUUCCGAUCUUGUGCCGCUGCCUGACGCAGCUGCGAGGGUUGGGCUCAUCAGCGGGAUCAUUAUUCGGAUUGUCAGCUUUAUGCUAUAUUUUUCGCCUCAUAAAAAUUAUAGGAUAUCUAUACCAAGUUACAUGGCGAAGUGGGUGGCCGCUUUCGAGAUGUUGUGCUGAUGUCCUUCCGAGACAAGGCUCACAUCAACGCUCUAGCGAUCUACAAUGCCAUCGUGGGAGCCGGCACCAAGGAUCGUGUUGUUGUGCAGACCAUCUGCGCAUGUGACAACAAGGAAAUUGACGAACUGAAGAAGGCCUACGAAGACAGUAAGUCGAGAUUUGCACAUGCACCCAUUGAAAUUUAUCCUAAUUUACCAGAAAAGUUUGAGUCAAAUGGUUGGGGAUGUUGUGUUCUUGCCAUUGCUGUGCUCUUUGAAGCAGGCAUCAAAACACUCAUUUAGGCCUUCGAAGGAACGUAAUUAUGAGACAACUGAUAGCACAAAAUGAAGAUCGGGACUAUUUCCUUAGUGUGCUGUUAACUGAAUCCAGAGUUCAGGUCGGUGACCUGACAUCUGCCCAAAGGACGGGGUUCAUAGUUAGCAGUAAUAAAUUUGACUUCAGUCAACCGUGCAUACUGAGUACUGUAGUUUUCUUAUGAGGUCUGUAAUCAGCAAAAUAGUGGCGCCCUAUCCUCUACGCAACAAAAGACUCCUUUAGAAGACUUGGUGCUGCCGGUGGGAUCUCGACCCGGGUACAGCAGUGAAGACUGUCUCUUCUGCUUGACAACACACUGACGGCGACAUAAAAUUUAGCUGAGUAUUUGCUAUUAGAUUUCAGUCGAUCUUUUAUAGGUUUUUAGGCAUUUGUUAACCCCAUAAGCUUCUAACCUGCUGCUGCCGCAUGCAUUUUAACGAUUUUGUCGAAAAACGCAAAUGCCAUAAAGCAGCACUUAUUUCCUCUGUUUUUCACUUUCAGUUCUGAAGGAGAAACAAGAGGAUCGUAAGUUUACAUUUUAAAUUGCUUUUACUAUUGUUUUUUCUUUGGAAAAAUGUACUGUGGACCGUUGACGCGAAGGCACACUCGUUUAGAGACGGAUACGCAGAUGAGGAUGCGGUAGAUCUUUGCAAUUGCGCAGUAACCGCGUGGGUAUUUGGUAAGCUGAGCGUUCCCGAAUCAUCGAUUGCCGAGCGCUGGACGUGGAUGCUUUGUAGCCCGUGUCUUCAUCACCAGUGUUUGUGUUCGGCAAGACAGUGGUUUCAUUGAUGUUUUGGCAGAUUUUGAAUAAUUCAUAUUGACCCAACUGUGAAAAACUCGGCGCCUCGGUGGGAUUCGAACCCACGCAGUAAAGGGAAGGCUUUAGCGCAGCCAACGCUCUAACCACCUGAGCUACGAGGCCCCGCCGGACGACGCGAGUUUAAUCACAUUUUGGUCGCCGGCGGGGCCUUGUAGCUCAGGUGGUUAGAGCGUUGGCUGCGCUAAAGCCUUCCCCUUACUGCGUGGGUUCGAAUCCCACCGAGGAGCCGAGUUUUUCACAGUUGGGUCAAUAUGAGAUAGUGAUUUGUCAGUAAAACACCUCAGUACCAUCUAUCGGAUCGCUGUUAAGCCUAAAGCUGUAUAAGCUGGAGAAUGGCAUCAGACCAAUGACCCUGUUUCAGUUGGUGCAACCGUCUGGCAUGUAUUAAAUAUGCACAUCAUGUGGUCUGAGUGUAAUAUGUCAGUGUGCUAGCAUUGUUGAGAGUUUGGUAGCGCAGUUUUUUAUAAAAAAAAGCAAAUCAGCACUUGGUUUUGGUAACCCUCCUUGCACUCGAACUUUGAUCUGUGCUACCAGCUGUCUACCGGCGGAGCAGCACCUUGACUCUGCAGGCACCGGCUACAGCACUGCCAUAAAAGGCGGAUUUCACUAAACAUCAGUCCGCCAAUAAGCUCAUCCACUCAGUUUGCAGACAUAUCACAGUUCCUCAUCAUUGCUUUUUAAUUUCUUCAGAAAUUAACUGCGAUCUUGAAGUAUAUCAGUAUAUUCUGGGUCUAUAGACUCGGAUCGAAAUUUUUAUGUGUAGAUAUUUGAGCCGAAGUCCAUCAGCCAUAGCGAGAUAACCACAGGCAGCUAGUAGUAUAAUUUUGGGUAAGGGUAUACCAUACUAACUGCACAGGUAUUAGCCAAAAGCCCAUACCCAAUUUUUUGCAAACAUUCUGUCAGUAUGGUAACCCCUUACCCCAAAGUAUAUAACUAACUGCCUGUCGGCAGUUAAUGAAUAUAAAGUAGUUAUCCCGCUAUGGCUGAUGGACUUCGGCUCAAAUAUCUACACAUAAAAAUUUCGGUUUUCGCCCAUAGACCUAGAAUAUACUGAUCUACUCCAAGAUUGCAGUUAAUUUCUGAGGAAAUUAGAAAGCGAAAAUUUCUAAAUUGGAGGAUCUACCAGAAAUCAGACGGAGAAUGCUGGAGGACCCACUGAUGAGCCGAAACCGUCACAGCUGUGUCAUGCAGCGGCAGAAUCUCGGUGAAACACGCGUGUAUGGGCUUUUGGCUAGUAACUGUGCUACUAGAAUGGCAUCCUGUAACAUUAGUACUAGGGUUAAGGCCUGGGUUAAGGUUAGGACACGGGGAUAGGUACCCUUCCUUAUCAUGAAGCUUCUCACCCUUCAGCUUUCUCCCUCCAUCAUAGAGUCUUAGCAUGCCUAGGCAGUCUCCCGAAAGGUCAACCACGCUCGCAAGUGUCAUCCACUGAUCAGGCCUCAUUACUGGAUGGAUCCCAGUAUAAAAUCAUUUCCCAGAGUACCGGUUUAGAACGUAAAACUUCAUCGUCCCAGUCUCCCGCUGCCUUUGUCGGCAAAUAGUUCAAUCGCAUGCCAUCCAUUUCAUCCCUACUCUCGGACUCGCUGUUCAGCAGAUGGUUGCAUUACUUUGCAGCUCUGAAACGAAACCUGGAGAAGGAUGUGGAAGGGGACACGUCAGGGGACUACAAACGAGUCCUAAUCGCACUUCUUCAAGGUCAGCGCGAAGAGAAAACAGCCAAAGCAAAUGUGGUCACUGACUGCGAGGCUCUCUACACCGCCGGCGAGGGGUAAGUUGUCCGUAGUCUGAACACUGGUACUCGAGACUACCGAAUUCGCCCCUUUGCGCAGGCGGUCGUAUUACAUGUUUACACUCAGCCUUUGUAUGUGUAUGUCUUCGCCUUUUUAGAAAAGUGGGAACUGACGAGUCGGUGUUUGUGCGAAUCCUGGCCAACAGGAGCCAUGCCCAUAUUCGCGAAAUGAACAAAGUUUACGCGGCCGUGAGUUGAAUAACUAUUGUACAUGGUUAUUUGUGUUGCCUACGCCAUGAGAUAUAGUAUUUAUGGUCACCACAAUCAAAAACAGUGGGGAAACAUCAUUGAAAAAUUGCGUUACGUUUUUUCAUAACUUGUUUUUUCGUCCCUAUAAGAAAUUUCGAUCAUGCCAAGUUGAUAGACCUGUCAAGUUUCCUGUAUCCUGAAGUUAGCUCAAAUUGAUUAUCAUAGCUUGUAGCAAUCAGAAUUCUGAAACGCAGUGUCAAGAGCUUUAAAGCCCACUUUAACUCGGAGAUACUGGAUUCUAUACAAAUCACAAAACGUUUUCCGCCGACAUGGCUAGUUGGUUUCCACUGGCAAGCCGUGAACGAAUAUUCUUUCCCGUAUAAUCCCGUAGUAACAGCUAUAAACAUUACCUUCAGGCUAAGGGACACGAUCUGAUUAAGGCGAUUCAAAAGGAAACCUCGGGCAACUUUAAGGACGCUCUCGAGAUCAUCGGUAAGUCCAGGAAAAUCUUCUGUUGUUUUUUGUAAUAGACCGAGUGGAUAUAGCUGGAGGGCAGUCGGUCGAUCACGGAAAUAGUUGCCCCUCAGUGUUACCGGUCGCCUUGCAAUAAAUUACAGAGGUCUAUGGUCCCUUGUCCGACUGGAUAGUUUUAUUGAUUAUCGACCACACGAGAAAACAACACUGCCACGUUUUUGUCAAGAAGGAAACACGAUCGCUGGAACAAGAGCUUUAUUAGCCUGACGUUUCGGAUUAUCACUAGGAUCUGUCAUCAGAGGCUGAGUCAGGUAAGGGUAGUGGGAGCUACCAACUGUGAUAGGUAUGUAGCGGCCUAGCGACUACAUCCUAUGAAUACUGCAACACUAGAGAAAUCCACUGCACUUAUCUGACUUUGUCUCUGAUGAUGGAUUUGGGUGAGAAUCGGAAACCUCAGACUAAUAAAGUUCUAGAUCUUCGCGACUGUUUCCUGGAACUCGCCUCUUCGCUGCUAUUGGCAAACUGUCACGUUUUGCUCGCGUUUGAUCCUCCAACUAGGCGAUAAAAAUCUAAAGUUUUUGAGAUUGCAGUCAUUCCCAAGCAGGGUCAUUUAUGUUCAUGCUUUGGGGGUCUCGUCCUCAGUUGCUGCCUAAACACUCUGCCACUAAACCACGGGCCCGAUUACAACCAGUGGAACAACAAACCCCGAGAUUUUAGUGCUCCAGCGUUUUACUUAGUAUUGGCCGGCUGAUGAGUUGAGGUUUAGGCCUCGGACGUUCCACAUCUGGGGUUGAAAUGUAACUAGCUGGCGGCCUGCGAGGAUCGGGAUUUAAACUUCAAAGUAAGACGGAAGGGGCGUGUUUCGUACUGAAGUCAGGUCAAAGACAUGUCGAUCAUAAACUAAGAUAAUUUAUCAGUCAUCAUCUAUACGUUCCUUUAUGUGCUUAACGGGAUAUAACAUUUAGGGAAGAAUUGCGUACUUUCACAUAACGAAUGCAGCUGCAGCUCAUAUUCGGAAGAAAGCAUAGUAUUUCCUCAGAAAGAAUAAGGGUGUUGGAAGCCGCACCUAAGUUGGUGUGCCAUAGAGGCCAUAUUGAGAAAGGCCACCGAGUCUGACUAUCAGUCAUGAGAAGGAGCAAGUCAUUCCAUCAGCUGGCAGCCUUCCAAGCCAUGAAUACUGGCGCACGAUGAUGGUUUAAGAACGCGUCGUGCUGUUUAUAGUGAGGAGUAUGCGCUUAGUGGCUGGGGACGGAAUCCCCAGAGUGUCUUCGCUCUCCUAUGCACGAGUAGACUGCCAGCGCUUGUCGGCCAGCUGGCGUAGGAAUUGGACGGAAAUACGACAGCCUGGUCACCAAGUCAUGCACUAAGAUGCAUUAAAGAAUAUGCUUCCCGCUUACGUGUGAGGUACAGGUUAUGGAGUGCAAAGAUCCGCUCGGAUCUCCCAUAAGUAAGGGUGCAUAGACUGUAAGACCUACGACCUUGAAUUUAUAUGAGACAGGGAGAGCUAACGAAGGUAACACAGACUUCCUAAGCAGUAAUGUUUUUUUAGGAAAACCGAAAAUAUCUGGGAAAUACGUACAAUGAUGUCCACUAUUUGAAACUAAUUUCCAACGGUAGAGCACAAGGUUGGUCUCAGAAAGCGAAAAAAUUCAUCGAAAUAAGCGCAAGUAAUUGGAAAAAGUCUGUUUUUUUUAUAAACCAUGGAUUGACUUUCCUGUAUUAACAGGUAAGACAUGCAACCUGAUAGGCAAUCGCAUGACUGAUGUUGAGCAUGGAUUUUUCAAAUAAAAUACAGUUCGGACUUAGUAAAAAGUGGUUCUUUUGCAUUUCUCGAGGUGCUGCCGCCCAGAACGAGAAUGAUUUUAUUUGAUUUUUGUUUGGGAUCGAAGACUUGUAGGAAUAAAAGUGUUUAGAGCUUGAUCACUAACCAAAGACUCGAUUAUACCAUUAAGCGCACGCAUGAGUGUGCCAUUUUCUGCCUGUGAACUCUGAGUGCACGCAAUUCCAUUUUCGGCGGUGAUGGGGGUCGCUACGUGCCAGGGUGACCUUGCGAUGUCAGUGAACGCUGUUGUGUCUGGUGUUUUCAGCCUUGCACAAGGAGGGACGCUGUCCAUGUUCAGUGGGUGCCAACAAAUCUUUAAGAUAUUUACCGAAUUUGUUUGGCCUUAUGGAAACUGUUUCCCGAAUUCGACUGUUUGGUCCCUAUUUCUGGGGGAUCAUUCAAAACAGAUUCUCUUUGCCGAAGAGAACCGGCUUUCCGCAACGGGGCCAAAUGAUAAAUUCGCAGUUAAUCGAAUUACAGCCUUGCCGUCACAAGUACUGCCCGAUCUAUUAAUUCAAUUAAUCAGUUAUGCAACAACGUCAACAGCCGUGACGACAGUUCUGUCGCGCCAGGUGCCAACUUUCUAGCGCUGGAGUGACCUGCGGAUGAGAAGCUUGAGGAACACAAGACAAAUGUUAGUACCCCGUGUAAGCCAGUCACAUGCGGCAACUUCUCUUCACUUGGUCUUCUUGGCCCGACCUCAACAAACAUCCAGCGGGCGCGGUAUCUUAUGGCAACACUUUCGGUAUGCACACCAUCUAACUCGUGAUCUGUGGUAGAGUUACGCCUGGGCAUGGAGCUAUCUAUUUUCCCCUUAACAUCCGAAGGUUUCCUGCGGACAUAUAGUCCCUAUUCCUGAUUCAUUUACGCCUACGUUAUAUUUCAUGAGCAAAGCUGUGGCGGGGAACAGGAAUCCGAGUUUGGGGGUUUAGAAUAACCAAACUUCUGAAGAUUAAAUGACAUUUCCCGUAGAUUGCGAAGUGAUUUUUUGAAAUCAGUUUUUCCACCCAACUUUUUAGUGCACACUGCGCUAAACAAAGCUGAAUGUGUGGCUGACAUGCUUCUUGGAAGCAUGAAAGGCUUGGGGACAAAUGACGAUGAUCUCAUCCGUCUGGUCUUGGCGUACUCUGAGGUAAGCAAAUUUGAUCUGUCUGGGCGGUGAUGUCACAAGUAAUGCUUAAUCAGCAGGGUCUACCUAGACUCGGGAAUUGAUUUGGAAUGAAACCGUGUCUCCAAAGGGUCUUUAGUUGUAUCGUAUGGGAAAGGAGUCCCCGUACUUUAGGUCCAAAACCAGUCUACUAUCAUGAAUUGUGUGAGAACUCACCUAUAAGGCCCCUGAACCUGGCUCAUGUGAAGAUGAAACCAUAGGAAGUGUUUUUUUAAUGAAGUUUCCUAACCGAAGGGUUCGAAGCUGUAAAUUACGUACGGCGGCUCAAAAGUUAUUGCUGUAGAAGUCCGAUUCGUGACUGUUUUCGACAAACCGCUGAUCCAGUUCGUAGUACUGGACGAAUUAACUCACAACCGAGUUUAGAAGUUUGAUAAACGUCCCCGUGGAUGCCAUGACACGGUUUAAAUGAACAUAGAAGAUUUGGCUUUUUGAGCCACUCCUUAUUCCAUCAGCGCUUCUGGGUAAGUCGAAUGAGACUGAACAACACUACAAGACAGUGCACUUAUUGAAAAAAAUAUGUGACAAGUCUUCGAUUAUAUCAUUAAUUCUUGCAGGGGUUAUUUCUUGAUGGUUAAACAUUUGGAAGGCAGAAGAAAUUGCAGUACCGUCUAAUGAAGAAUAAUGACAUUUAAGUUUGCACAACGGUAGCUGGUUAAGGGCGCCUGUAACCUGAAUUGAUUAGUAAUUCAACUGGCACCGCAAUUAAUCAACAUGUACCCGCGCACGCAAUCGGGCACUAUUUCGUUUGGACGUUGCACAUGCAAUGCUUGCCUAAAAGAUAAUUAAUUAUGCCCUUUGUGUUUAGGAUAACCUUGCAGAAGUCAAGAAGGUCUUCGCCGCGAAAAAUGGCAAGUCACUGGCUGAUUACAUACGUGGUGAGACGUCUGGCGACUAUAAGAAAUUCUUGCUCGCCAUUGUGGGGGAGUAA